AUGGCCGCGCUCCCCGCCCCGCGCUACCGCAGUGCCCCGAGGAGAGCGCGGGGCCGCCGCCGCCUCCCGGCCCGGCCCGGCCCCACCGCGGGCCCCGCUCGGAGCCGGUGCGGGGGAUUCGGGGGGUCCCGAUGGGGCGGGGGGCGCGGACCGGGGUGCGUGAUGCGUUGCCAUGGUUACCGCGGUGCGGGGGGGGGUGUCACCGCGGAGCCCUACGGUACCCGGCGUGCCCCGCGCGGGCCGGAAGUGAGUGUGCAGGUCCGGAGCGCGGUCGCGCCGGGGCCGAGGCUGGCCGGUGUCGGUGCCGCCGCCAUCAUCGCCAUCGCCAUGAGGGACGUGCCGGGCUUCCUGCAGCAGAGCCAGAGCCAGAGCGCGGGCCCGGGGCAGGCCGCGGUGUGGCACCGCCUCGAGGAGCUCUACAACAAGAAGCUCUGGCACCAGCUGACUCUGCAGGUCCUGGACUUCGUGCAGGACCCCUGCUUCGCCCAAGGGGAUGGACUCAUCAAGCUCUAUGAGAACUUCAUCAGCGAGUUCGAGCACAGGGUGAACCCCUUGUCCCUGGUGGAGAUCAUUCUCCAUGUGGUCAGGCAGAUGACAGAUCCCAACGUGGCCCUUACUUUCCUGGAAAAGACUCGGGAAAAGGUGAAGAGCAGCGAUGAAGCUGUCAUCCUGUGUAAAACAGCCAUUGGGGCCCUGAAGCUCAACAUUGGAGACCUCCAGGUCACCAAGGAGACCAUUGAGGAGGUGGAGGAGAUGCUGAACAACCUCCCCGGGGUGACCUCGGUUCACAGCCGCUUCUACGACCUCUCCAGCAAGUACUACCAGACCAUCGGGAACCACGCCUCUUACUACAAGGAUGCUCUGCGGUUCCUGGGCUGCAUCGACGUCAAGGACCUGCCCGUAUCAGAGCAGCAGGAGAGAGCCUUUACCCUGGGGCUGGCCGGGCUCUUGGGAGAAGGAGUUUACAACUUUGGGGAGCUGCUCAUGCACCCUGUCCUGGAGUCGCUGAGGAGCACGGACCGGCAGUGGCUCAUUGACACCCUCUAUGCCUUCAACAGCGGGAACGUGGAGACCUUCCAGGCCCUGAAGUCAGCGUGGGGCCAGCAGCCAGAUCUGGCUGCAAACGAAGCGUUGCUGCUGCAGAAGAUUCAGCUCUUAUGUCUAAUGGAGAUGACCUUCACGCGUCCGGCCAACCACAGGCAGCUCACCUUCGAGGAGAUAGCCAGGAGUGCCAAAGUCACCGUGAACGAGGUGGAGCUGCUGGUGAUGAAGGCACUCUCAGUGGGCUUGGUGAAGGGCAGCAUCGAUGAAGUGGACAAGAGGGUGCACAUGACGUGGGUGCAGCCACGUGUGCUGGACUUACAGCAGAUCAAAGGAAUGAAAGACCGCCUGGAGUUCUGGUGCACGGACGUGAGGAGCAUGGAGAUGCUGGUGGAGCACCAAGCCCAUGACAUCCUGACAUAGAGCCCCCGGGAGAGGGAAUCCUGCUGCUCCUGGUGCCAGCAGCACUCACCACUGACUGAACUGCAUUAUACUGGGGGGGGGAGAGGGGGGGAGCAGCUCUUGAGGCUUGUUGGGAGGAGUAAGUGGCCUUUUGCUGUGUGAGCCUUUGGUGCUUGGAAGUGAGAUUUCCCUGAUCACUCACAUGGGUGGCACUGCCCUGGGGGUCCCAUCCUGCUCCGGGACAGGGGUUCAUUCGUCACACUGCUGUGGGAGGAUGGGUGCUGGUGCCUGUCAGCAGCAGAGGCUGUUUGCUGGGUGAGGGGCAGCAGCAGCUCCUUCACAGGAGCUGGAGCGGUGCCUGACGUUGUACCUGGUGUUAGGUGGUGGUACUGGCCUUAGGAGGGCACAGCUGCUCCCUGCCCACGGCAGCCUGAAUCCAGCCCCCUGCUCCCACCCGUCCUGCAGCCCUCCUCCCUGUGGCAGAGGGAGUUUGCUCCACCAGAGGGGUUC